CAUGGAAGCUGUCAACAAACCCGGAAAACGGAGACGUGGGAGAUGUAAAAACAGGAAACUUCCUUCCAAAGCUCUCCCUGACGGACACAUGUUUCCAGCUGUUGGUGGUGGGAGUCCAGAGAAGCCGGAUGUCAGUGUGAACAGUCAGGGUUUGUCAGCACUCCACGUGGCCUGCCUUUACGGCCAGCUGGCUGCUGUUCAGCUCCUGGUGGAGUGCAGGCUGGGGUGGAUCGACAGCAGUGAUCUCCAGGGUCGCCGGCCUGUUCACAUGGUCCUGUCUCCCCGGAGCUCACCCAACACCUUCCGGUGCCUCAGAUACCUGCUGGAGCACGGGGCUGACGUCAAUGUCACCACAGAUUCAGGGACGACCCCACUGCACCUGGCCGCCUCUGAAGGCCUCCUGGACUGCACAGAGAGCCUCGUGCAGGCCGGAGCAGACGUGUUGGCCCAGGACAGCAUGGGACACACCCCACUGGAUUUGGCCCGCAUCUGGUGCCGCAGGGAUGUAGCAAGGUAUCUGAAGAACUGCCUGUGGCAGACACAUAAGAAGAAAGAAAUGAAGGAGAGGAGGCUAGUUCAAACUUUAUACAGUGAUCUCGUGGAUAUGGUCAAACUGAAUGAUCUCAAUAAAAAGACGCUUAUUGAUGUGAAGGUGGCAGAGUGGGUGAAGAAUAAAGGUUUUCCUCUCCUAAAGGAUUUCUCCCCCAGAGUCUUGGUGAGCCAGUACCACACCCAGUGCCUCUCAUCAGAUCAGAACACUUCUAACCCAAAACAUGCCAAGCACCCAUUGAAGCACCAGCCAGAAGGUCCUCUGGAGGACACCAGCACCUCCACUAAGCCACCUCCAGCCUCAUCGUCCAGACCCUGGACCAUCUUCAUGGGCCUCCAGCCAGAGAAACCUCCCAGAGAGCCAGACCUCAGGGGUAAUGUCACGGUGUGGAGGGGCCACAGCAGCAGGCAGCCUCAAUACUCCACCAAGUGGGACAGCACACGUCGCCCGGCCCCUGAUGUGCCUCUGGAUGUCCUGGAGAGGGUGUUGUUCCCCAGAGCCUUCCCCUCCAGGAUCGCCUCCCCUCGGUACUUUGAGCCACAGGACAUAAUGGAUGUCCAGCACAGAGGAUACCCCCAGGGGCGGAGCACCUCCCCCUGGACAGAAGUGGCCAUGCACCUGGCUGAGGCGCUGGAGCCUGGGCACUAUUGAUCAUCACACUGUGAUAUUGAAACGCUUCAGCUGGAACUGAGAUUACGGAUGUGUUUAAAAUAUGUAUUAAAUCUCAUCUAGUAUUAAAUUCUUCAUAUAUUUUACUUAGGUGGAGGUGGAAACAACAUGAAGAAGAAGAAUUAACAUAACAGUAAAACUACUAACAGUAAUAAUUAUUAAACAUUAUUAAUUAUAUUUUUAUUAUUUGUUAACAGUUAAAUAACUAUUAACUGAAGCUUAAUUAACCAUCAACUAACUAUUUAUUGAUGAUAGUUGAUGAUAAUUAAGUGUUACCAUUACAAUACUACAUGUAAUGUUAUAAUUUCAAGCAUUUUAAGAGUUUGUUAUUUAACAUGUUAUACACUAUGUUAAAGGUUAGUAAUUGGUUUAUAAAGCGUCUAUAAACAUUGGAUAGCUAUUAUAAAGUUGCAACGGAUGAUUAUAAUGCUUUACUAAAUGGUAAAUUAACACUGGAAAUCUAUAAAUAUUAUAUCGGCGGCCGUAUUAUACAUAAGUUCCAAUGUUAAUAGAUGCACUACACAAUAUUUAUUAACCAUUUAACAAAGUGUUAAAACCAUCAGUUGCAACUUUGAUAGUAAUCCAAAUAAUGUUUAUAGACGCUUUACAAACCAAUUAACCAUUAAUAAAUACUCAAUAUAGUAUAGAAAAUAUUGUAAUAUUUGAAACAAGAACAACUGUUAAAAUAACAUAAAUCAUAGCAUUACUAAUAUUUAAUUAACACUAUUGUUUCAUUGUUUAUUAUAAAGUGUUACCAUUGUGAUUAGAGGACUCUAUUUUAGGGAAACAUGUUGUAUAGGCACAACAGCAGACUAACAAAAUAACCUGCCACCCCACGACCUCAGCUCAAAGUGACAAAAUUAAAAAUGCCACACGCUCCAGACGCUGUGCCUCCAAAAAGCGGGGUGAGCGGAGGGGUGAGUGAAAGGUGAGAAAACCUCAGUGAACUGGGUCACCUGUCUCAGAUGUAUCCCUGCACUUUCACUGCUCCCCCGGGGACCUGACUCGGGAUCCAGGUGAGGGCUUGUCAACAGCAUGUGUGUAACUGCGAGCUGUGGCCUGUCAGCUGAGGGUAUGUGUGUGUGUCGUGGUUUUGUCUUCUUCCUUUACUUCACAAAGCACUUCACACCUCAGUGGGGGUCAAAGUGCACACCAGCCUCAACCUGGUGCGCCCACUGUGACCGAGCCACAUGGGACUUGGAUAACAUAAUGUCAUCCGGUGACGCUGUCUGGCACACAUGCACACACACACAUAUUUUGAGUGGAGUUCAGGGUGUGACAACAGUACAAUCCAUCGCACUGCGAAUAAAAUUUACCACUGAAUGGGUGAAUUAAGCUGAUUUAAUUGGAAAUGACGAGGCUCAGCACAUCCAUUUUUGCCUUUAUUUCCUUGAACACCAACCUGUGAAAAGAACCAUUUAAUCUGCCGGUUAUUUCAACAAAAUCUUUUAUUAUACAUUUGUGUGCAUACCAGCCUACAAUGAAUCGCACUCUGUAAUUGGUAAAAAAAAAAAAUUCGGCCUCUUUAACGGCGCUUUCAUCAAACCACUUUAAGCAGCUUUUGUCCCCCGACGCGUGUAAGCUUGCAGGAGUCAUUGCACAAGUUCGAUCUUAACAAGUGUUUCAUUUGUCGUCUGAUGUCGGGUUAACUCAACAAUCAAUGUACAAAAAUCACUUUGUUAUUACUGUGAAUUUUUAAAAACAGUCCAAAAAUAACAGGCUGGUCGCAGGCUACAGCGCUGGUGAUUAAUGACUCUGGAGAUGCAAGAGAAGAAUAAAAAUCUUUACCUAGUGCAUGGUUUCUGUGGCCACAUGUAAACAAUCCACACUGGGAGACUUCCAUUGUAGCUAACUUUAAUUUAGGGGUGUUUCAAUUAUAAAAGUAAUCCUUUCCAAUUGCCCUUAACAGCC